AUGAUGUUGACUCAGAAAAAAAUUUUGCCUUCCUCGUUGUCCUCAAAGUUGUCAAAUAAUAAAAGCGGAGGACGAGGGGUCGGUCGCGUCGUCGUGAAAAGGAGAACGAUAACAAAACGUAAUAAUGAUAAUAAUAAUAAUACAAUUUCCGCGGUGUUUGAACGAUUCACGGAACGCGCGAUCAAAUCAGUCAUGCUGGCGCAGUUGGAGGCGAAGGAAAACCCGAGUUUGACUGAAGUGACGCCGGCGUGUUUGGUUAUCGGCUUGAUGGUGGAAGCGAAGGACGACGGGGAACACGGGUUUUUGAAUACGGGCGUUUCCGUCGGCAGAGCGCGCGAGGUUUUGAAAGACAUCGCUGCUGCUUCUGCGUCCGCGUCUGCCUCUCUCGACGACGACGAUUCAGACGACGACGACGCGAAGAAGGAGAAGCCGUCGCCUAAACCGGCGGCGAGAAGUCGUCCAAUCGCGCCCGGCAAAAAAUCUUCCUCCGGAUCGAACGACGUUCCGUUCUCCAAAGGGUCGAAGGUUUUGUUUCAACAAGCUUUAGAGUUAUCGGAGACGAUGAAUAUUGGAUACAUCGCUCCCGAACAUUUGUGCAUCGUCGCGUGUAAUACGUUCGACGACGACGAGAUUGUCGCCUUCUUUGAAAAGCUCGGCAUCGAUCGCACCGUUUUAAGAAACGCCGCGAAUGCAAAAUUAGAAGCCGACGGCGAAUUAACAGGCUCGACGUCUUCGUCUAUGUCUGGCGAUAAUAAUAGCAAUAAUAAUAACAACAACAAGACUGGUUUACAAGCGAAGCGACCGUAUCAGUCAAACACGCAGCAAGGGAAGUUGGUGCAAGACGAUCCCGCGCAACACGCAGGCGCGGGGGCAAAAGAGUCCGCCUUGGCAAAGUUCGCGUUCGAUUUGACUGAAAAAGCGCGCUCCGGAAAAGUUGAUCCAGUCAUCGGCAGAGAGGAAGAAGUCACGCGCUGCAUACAAAUCUUGGCGAGAAAAUCAAAGAACAACCCGAUUUUGUUAGGUGAGCCGGGAGUGGGUAAAACUGCCAUCGCCGAAGGUUUAGCGCAACGCAUCGUCGCUUGCGACGUUCCGUCACAUUUACUCGGAAAACGAGUGUGUUCAUUAGAUAUUGGUUUAAUCAUGGCUGGUGCGAAAGAGCGUGGCGAGUUAGAAUCAAGAGUGAAAGAGAUUUUGCAAGAGGUCGCGGACGACAAAGAUAUCAUCUUAGUCGUCGAUGAGAUUCAUACCAUGGUCGGCGCGGGCGCCGUGAACGGUGGCGGCAUGGACAUUUCAAAUCUCAUGAAGCCAGCGCUCGCGAGAGGCGAGUUGAGUUGCAUCGGAUGCACGACGCUCGACGAACAUCGAAAGUAUUUCGAAAAAGAUCCCGCUUUAAACAGACGCUUUCAACCAAUCAUCGUGGAAGAACCUACCGAGGAAGAAGCCGUGGAGAUUUUGUUCGGUAUACGCCAUAAAUUCGAAUACCACCACAACUGUAAGUUCACGGACGAGGCUAUCCGCGAGUCGGUUCGAAUCUCCUCGCGUUACAUUUCCGAUCGGUUUUUACCAGAUAAAGCGAUCGAUUUGAUGGAUGAAGCGGGGAGUCGCGCAAAGAUGCUCAGUUACGAAAAGAGGCAAAAAGACGUCGCCGAAGCCAAGCGAUUGGAAAAGGAAAGCGGGGAAGAAGAAGUCAUCACCGCACCAAACGCGGAACUCAUCAGUUUAUGGCAAGAACACAAAAGCAUCACACUCGCAAAGAACCAAGCCGCCGAGGCUGGUUUGUUCGAGGAAGCUGCGACUUUGCGAAAACGCGAGCUUGAAGUCACCGAACGCUUAGAGGCGAUGGACGUGAACGCCAAAGGCUUAUCGCUCACAAAAAGUAACGAAAACCUGAUCGUCACGGAGAAUGAAAUCGCCGAGGUUGCCACGGCGUGGACUCGCAUCCCGGUGACAAAAAUGACGUCGGAUGAGUCUGUCAUCUUGCAAGAUAUCGACAAGAAGCUCACAAAGUCUGUGAUUGGACAAGACGUCGCCGUGCAAGCGGUCGCGCGAUCUCUUCGAAGAGCGAGGUGCGGAUUAGCGAAUGAAAACCGUCCAAUCGCGUCGAUGAUGUUUGCUGGCCCGACUGGUGUGGGUAAAACCGAGUUGACGAAAGCAUUGGCGAAAGAAUAUUUCGGCGACGAAGAGUCUAUGAUUCGUUUGGAUAUGUCCGAAUACAUGGAGAGGCAUACGGUGUCAAAGUUGAUUGGCGCGCCGCCUGGCUACGUCGGUUUCGACGGCGGUGGCCAACUGACAGAAGCCGUGCGCAAGAGGCCGUUUUCGGUCGUCUUAUUCGAUGAAAUCGAAAAAGCGCACCCAGACGUCUUCAACGUCAUGCUUCAAAUGCUCGAAGACGGUCGAUUGACAGAUUCAAAAGGUCGAGUCACGUCGUUUCGAAAUACAAUCAUCAUCAUCACUUCAAACGUCGGGAGUCAAGUGAUUUCGAAGAACGGUGGCGGUGGCUUAGGCUUCGAUCUCUCCGCGUUCGAGGAGAAUCCAGGAGAGGCUGCGUAUAAUACCAUGCGCGACAAAGUGCUCGACGAGAUGAAAAAUCACUUCCGUCCGGAGUUUUUGAACCGUUUGGACGAGAUUGUCGUCUAUCGCCAGUUGGAUCAAGAGGACGUCUCGAAAAUCUCCGCGUUGAUGUUGAACGAAACUGGAAGUCGAUUGCACGAGAGAAAUAUCGGCUUGGCGUUGACAGAAAGCGUCAUGGCGCAUUUACAAAAGGAAGGUUUCGAUCAAGCUUGGGGCGCGAGACCAAUGCGCCGAGCGGUGCAACAAAUCAUCGACGAUAACGUCGCGGAAGCCGUUUUGACUGGCGAGAUUGGCGAAGGCGAAACCGCUUUGGUCGAUUUCAACGCCGAGGAAGCGAAAGUUUUCGUCUCUAAGUUCUCCUCGGUAAACGAUGAUCCUCGAUGCGUGUAUAAAUACGAAGCCCCAGUCGUAGAAAAGAAACCGGUGGAUGUUAUUUCUAAUCGGCCGACGAAUAAGACGCCGAAACUUGAUACUACCAACGACGUCGAGUUCGUAUAA